AUGGGAGUACCGAAUUUCUAUUCUUGGUUAUCUAAAAGAUAUCCAAUGUGCAAAUACCCUUUUACUAAACAUCAUGGACAUCAAAUAGAUUUUUUAUAUCUUGAUAUGAAUUAAGUCAUUUACAAGUGUGCAACUAAUUAAACAAUUUUAAAAGAUUAUAUGAUUGAAAAGAGUAUUGAAGCUCUUUGGACAUCCAUAUUAAAUUAUAUUGAUGCAAUUAUUGAUUUGGUGGAUCCUAAAUUAGUAAUUUAUUUAACAUUUGAUGGUGUUGCUCCAAGAGCCAAAGCUAAUUAAUAAAGAUAACGUAGAUUUGCAUCUUCUAAAGGUGAUGCUAAAAUUAAAUUAUUACUUAAACAAUUAGAUUUAGAAUAAUAAAAUAAAACAUUUAAAAAUAAUUAGAUUACUGCUGGAACAGAAUUUAUGUAUGAAUUAAAUGAAUAGAUUAAAUUUUUUAUACAUCGUAAAUUUAAAGAGGAUCAAAAAUAUAAUAAUUUAUAAGUCAUUUUUUCAGGAAGUGAUGUUCCUGGAGAAGGAGAACAUAAAAUACUUGAAUUUAUGAGAGCAAUUAAAAACUAAAAAGAUUUUAACCCUAAUUGGACUCAUUGUAUUUAUAGUUCUGAUGCAGAUUUGAUUAUGCUUGGAUUAGGAAUACAUUUCAAAUAUAUAUCAAUCAUAAGAGAAUAAUGUAAUAUGGAUUAAAUUAAAACUUAAAUUGCUUGUAAAAGAAGUUUUGAAUAAGUUAAAUUUGAAUUGAUUAAUCUAUAAAUUGUUAAAGAAUAUAUGGAUUUAGAAUAUUAAAAAAUUUAAAUGAAGAUACCCUUUAACAUUGAUAGAGUUAUAGAUGAUUUUCUUUUACUUUUUUUUUUAAUUGGUAAUGAUUUCUUACCUCGUGUUUAUUGUUUUGAUAUUAAAUAAGGCACAGUAGAAUUAAUAAUUGAUACAUUUAAACAAUUCUUAGAAUAAUGUGAUGAUUAUGUUACAGAUAAUGGAUGGAUCAAUUGGAAAUCUAUGCCCUUAUUAAUAUAAUUAUUAUCUGCAUUUGAAAUUAAAGCAAUCGAAAAAAGAUUGGAAGAAUUGAAAAAAUAAAUAAAAGAUACAGAUCAUCCAGAAUAUUUAGAUUACAAACUUUAAUGGGAAGAUGAAUUAAAAAUACUAGAUGCUUUAAACAUAUAAUUUUCUAAUAAUAAUUCUGUUGUAGCUCGAAAAUUAUUUUAUGAAAAUAAAUGUAAAAUAGAUAUAGAUACUGAAGAUGGUAAAAAAGAGUUAAAUAAGAUAAUUGAAAAAUACUUAGAAGGAUUUUAAUUUGUUUUGAGUUAUUACUAUCAUGGGGUUCCUUCAUGGGAAUGGUAUUAUUGUUAUUAUUAUUCUCCAAUGUGUUUUGAUAUAUGUGCAUAUUUAAGUAAUAAGUAAAUAUAAAAAAUGUAAAUUAUAUAUAUUAAUAAAAAUUAGAUAAUUUGGUUAGAGUAAACCAUAUGAUCCAUAUUAAUAAUUAUUAUUGAUUUUACCUCCACAUAAUGCUUCUUUAUUACCUGCUCCAUUUCGAAUACUUUAUGAUAUACAAUCUCCUUUGAGAACUCCCAUAGAUUAUUAUCCAAAUGAAUAUGAAGUAGAUCCAUUUGGAGCAAUAUGGGAACAUUAAUUUAUAUGCAAAGUUCCUUUUAUGAACUCAGAUCUUUUAGUUUAGGAGUACUAAAAAAUUGAUUAAAGUUAAUUGAAUGAAUUAGAAAAAAAAAGAAGUACUUUUGGUAAUGCUUAUUUAUUUGUUUAAACUGAAAAUAAAAUCACCCCAGUAUAAUCUAAAUUACCAUAAAUAUUUAAAGAUAAAAAGUAUAGAACUCAAUAAAUUUAAUUAAAUGGAAAUAUUCUUCAAGCUUCUGAAAUUGUAAUAUCAAGAAUUAAUUUUUUAAAUUAAAAAGAAUAGUUGGAUAAUAAUUUACCUAAAUUACCAUCUCUAUUUGUUUUGAAAAUUAAUAAAUCAUAAUUAUCAAAUAGAAAAGAUAAACACAAAAAUCAAAAAACAUUAAAAAUUGAAUUAGCAUAAAAAAAUAUAGAAUUUUUAAAUAAAAUAGAAGAAGCUAGUGAUUUAACAUUAAGAUAUAAUUGUUAUUGUGGAUAUCCAUAAAAUUAUUAUGGAGAAUUAGCUCUAGUUAUGAGUAAAACAUCAUUCAUAUUUUUGAAAAAUUAUUAAUUGAAAAAUAUAGAUCUACUUUAAGAAUUUAGAGAUGAUAAUCUAAAUGAAGUAAAAGAUGAUAUAUAUGAUUUAUUAAAAUCUACUCUUUAAACAAGAUUAGAAAAUUAGGGAAUAUAUUUAGAAUAAAUAAAUGCAAUUGCAGUAGUUUAUUUUUAUAAAGAAAUGAUUAGAAAUUCAGAUAGAACAUUUGGUUAUAAUAUGUUAAAAGUAAGAGAAGAAGUAAUGCCAUUAGAAUGGAUAUCUAAUUAGAAAAUAGUAAAUUUGAUGGAUUAUUAAUUAUUAAAUUAAGGUGAUAUAAUAAAUUAAAAAGUUAUUGUUGGAAAUGAUGAUAAAAGUUCAAUAAGUGGUUCGAUUGGUUAUGUUUAGAAAAAGGAUAAUGAAGAUUAAUAUAUUAUAAAGAUUUUUAGAUAACCAAGUAGAGUAAUCGAUUAUGAUAAAAUUAAAAAUUAAAAAUAUUUUGAUGUAAAUUUAGUUGCAGAAAAAUUAAAUUUAUCUCAAGAAAUAAUUCAUUAUCUUUUAGGAUAAAUAAGAAUUUAUAUUGGUGAUAAGAAAAAAUAAACAGAUUUAAUCGUUUAAUCAAUUGAUAUAGGAUUUAAUGCAGUGCAUAAAGGAAAAAAUUAAUUGGUACCUGAGCUUUUAAGAAUACAUGAGGCUUAAUUUGAUUCAGAAGGAUAUGAAAAGUUUAAACAAUUUGAGAAAGCGGAAAUAUCUGAAAUCUUAUUUAAGGAUAUGGAAGAAUAUGUUAAAAGAUUGCCAGAAUUAAUAAAUUUUUUAAAAUCAAUAGUAUAUUUAUUUGAAUAUUAUUUAAGGGCAAAGAAAAACUGAGAUCUCUACAAUAAAUAAAAAUAACAGAUAUUUUUAAAGAUGAUGUUUAGAAUGGUAUUAAUGUAAUUUUAAAACUUUAUACAUGGCUUAUUACACUUCCUACAUCAUAAUAUAAUUUAUGCAAUGUUGCUUCAUCAACUUAUUCAAGUUAAACAAUAAAAGCUUUAGAGGAAUUAAAAUAGUCUGAAAAAGUUUAAAAGACAUUAUCUAGUCAUAAAUUUUGGUUAUUAAAUUUAGAAAAGUAUUAUGUGCCACCUUUAAUGACAGAUCAUCCUAAAAUUCAUUAAUUGGGAGAUAGAGUAGUAGCAUUAAAUGUAUAAUAUUGAUUAAUAUUAUUAAUAGAAUAAUUAUUCAAAUUUUGGGGCUUAUGGUAUAGUAGUUGGAAUAAUUGAUAUUGGUGAAAUAAUGGUUGAAAUAGUUUGGGAUAAACCACGUUUUGGUUAAACUGAUUUAGGUGGAAGAUGUUCUCCUUUAAGAGGAUCAGUCGUACACUUUUUAGAUGUUUUUAAUAUUACAUAAUAAUGGCAUGAAUAAUUAAAUACAUAUAGUGGUGGAGCAAAAGCUCAUUAAGUAUAAGGUUGGACUUAUAAGUAAAAAGUAUUCGUUCCUUCUUAUGAUAAACCAGAGAAUAAGAAAAAGAAAUAUAAACCAAAAAAAGUUUAGACUUAAUGA